AUGAAAAAAAUUCUAUUUAAGGGACGCUUUCAGGAUAACUUUGAGUUUCUACAAUGGUUUAAGAAAUUCUUUGAUGCCAAUUAUGAUGGACGUGACUAUGAUGCAUCAGUUGCGCGUGAAGGCCUUCCAAUGGGUUUGGGAGUUGGGAGUGGAGCACCAGCUGGGGGUAAAAUGAGUACUAAUGGUGUUAGAAAGCCAGCUGCUGCCCUCUCAUCAGCCUCUGCAAUGCCUCGACGACCACUGGUUAAACCUGCUCCAAAAGCAGCCGCUCCAACUGCACCGACCCGCAUGAAUGCAUCGAAAACCAAUUCGAACAAUGUAACGAAUCAACAAAUUGAAGAAUUGUCGAAUCAACUGAUGGAUAUGCGAUUGAAUUUGGAAGGUUUGGAGAAAGAACGUGACUUCUACUUUAGCAAGCUUAGAGACAUUGAGAUUUUAUGUCAAGAGGCUGAUGAGGGAGAUAGCUCAGCAAUUAUAACAAAGAUUCUUGACAUACUUUACGCGACUGAGGAUGGCUUUGCUCCCCCUGACGAGUUGCAACCCGAAGAGGAAGAGUAUUAAACUUAUCAACAAACAAUCAUCGUUCUCAGAACCAUCAAUAGCGACACACACACCCACACAUGAAUUAAUUAAUAAUUAAAGAAAAAACAAAUCUAACGAACUACUUUUGAGACGACAAUAUAAAAGUAGUAAUAACAAUUUCAAUCCUUUUUGAAGCGUCGUCAUCACAAAACAUGUUUAAGCACCAGAAAAAAACGAAAACAAAAUGAAAAUUAAUUUUUUUUUGUUCUAAAGCAAUUUAUCGCACACGACGCGAAUUUAUAUAUUAUCCAUAAUUAAAAGAUUUUUUUGUCAUGUUUAAUUCCAUAAGAAAAUCACUAAAUUAAUUAUCUACUGAGAAAAGAAGGGAACACUUUAGUUGGUUAAUUAAAGAAAAAAAAAAGAUGAAGAUUAGGUUUAUGAUGAGUGAAAUGGUCGUAAAGUAUAAAUCUCUGUACUCAAUUAUUCGUAAUUAUUUUCCUUAUUUAAGUUAAUAUUUUUUUCUCCCAUUUUUGUGCUUUUAAUCAAACAAAAAUUUCUUUCUUUCUUUUUGCAUAAUUAAACAUCAUUUUUAAACAGAUGAGAAGAAAGAAACGAAAUCUGCUCAAGAAUUUUCUUUUUAAUUUGUCAUUCAUACUUAUAUGUAUCUUUGGAAUAUUUAUCAAAAUAUGUGGAUGCAGUUGCUUUAUCAAUGGAAAUAAUAAAUGCUUAAAAGAUUGUUGUGAGAAACAAAAUGUUACACCAGAAGAAAAAGAAAAAUGAUAUAUCAUUUUAUUUGAAUUGAAGGCAAAUGCUGGACGAAUAAAAAGAAACAAAGCAGUUUAUCAAUAUAAAGUUCAUUGUCUCCUUUUCUUAUCAUUAUUUAACAUUCAGUGAUUUAUCAACAACUCUG